GGUCUCGGGCCCUCAGGCGGAGCGGCGGGCGCCGGACCCCCAGGUGGAGCGACAGGUCUCGGGCCCUCAGGCGGAGCGGCGGGCGCCGGACCCCCAGGUGGAGCGACAGGUCUCGGGCCCUCAGGCGGAGCGGCGGGCACCGAGUCACCAGGCACGACAGUGGGCUCCGAGUCAACUGGCAUGACCGCUGGCACUGGGUCAGACAUUGGAUCGUCUGGCUGGACAGCGGGCAUCGGGUCACCAGGCAUCAGGUCAUUUGGCUCGACAGCGGGCACCGCGUCAUCUGGCAAGGCAGUGGGCUCCGAGUCAACUAGUAUGACCGCGGGCACUGGGUCAGACAUUGGAUCGUCUGACUGGACAGCGGGCAUCGGGUCACCAGGCAUCAAGUCAUUUGGCUCGACAGCGAGCACCGCGUCAUCUGGCAAGGCAGUGAGCUCCGAGUCAACAGGCACGACAGUGGGCACCGGGUCAUCAGGUACCGGAUUGUCUGGCUCGACAGCGGGCAUUGGG